GUAUCUCACAUUCUCACAUUAUGGAAGGAACUUCUCGAACACUUCCUUACACCAUAAGAUUCGUUGGUCUUCUUGGCAGUCAUUCUCUUGGUAGAAAUCCAAUGUUUAUGGCUACUGCAGUAGAUUUAGGAAGAGAAUUGAUAAGGCGAAGAAUUAGUCUUGCUUAUGGAGGAGGCAACAUUGGCCUACAAGGAGCUGUUGCUUCAACAGUCUUUACCAAUGGUGGUCUCGUUAGAGGUUUCAUUCCUGGGUACAUAGCAACACGACGGGUCUAUGGACCUACAUACGGUGUAGAGCACACAGUUUCCUGUAAUUACUACAAAUAUUUUGAGAUGAAUCAUGCCGUGGAAGCUUUCAUUGUUCUUCCCGGAGGAGUUGACACUAUGGAAGGUUUGUUCAGUUUGAUCUCGUGGGCUUCUGAAGGGUUACACAAUAGACCCAUUGGUCUCUUGAAUAUUGACGGUUAUUUCAAUAACCUAAUCAAAUUUCUAGAUGAUGCGGUGAGGCAGAACUUCGUGUCUUUGAGUCAGAGGAAACUUUUCAUUUCUUCUUUCUUUGUUGAUGAGCUUUUAGACAAACUAGAGUUUGCUAAAGCUUUCCCGGGACCUGGGGUUUUGAUAAUUGACAAACACAAUUUAUUCAAGUCAAGAUCAAAGUGCUACAACGACAAACACGAAGACUUGAAGUGCCAUUCCUUGAAGUAUUCAAGAAGUCAUUCUCUUGGUAGAAAUCCAAAGUUUAUGGCUACUGCAGUAGAUUUAGGAAGAGAAUUGAUAAGGCGAAGAAUUAGUCUUGCUUAUGGAGGAGGCAACGUUGGCCUACAAGGAGCUGUUGCUUCAAUAGUCUUUACCAAUGGUGGUCUCGUUAGAGGUUUCAUUCCUGGGUACAUAGCAACACGACGGGUCUAUGGACCUACGUACGGUGUAGAGCACACAGUUUCCUGUAAUUACUACAAAUAUUUUGAGAUGAAUCAUGCCGUGGAAGCUUUCAUUGUUCUUCCCGGAGGAGUUGACACUAUGGAAGGUUUGUUCAGUUUGAUCUCGUGGGCUUCUGAAGGGUUACACAAUAUACCCAUUGGUCUCAUGAACAUUGACGGUAAUUUCAAUAACCUAAUCAAAUUUCUAGAUGAUGCGGUGAGGCAGAACUUCGUGUAUUUGAGUCAGAGGAAACUUUUCAUUUCUUCUUUCUUUGUUGAUGAGCUUUUAGAGAAACUAGAGUUUGCUAAAGCUUUCCCGGGACCUGGGAGCUUCCCAUCGCUGUUUGGCAUGGUUCUGGAAGUUGGUUUGGCUAAGGGGUUACUUACCCAUCGAUGGGAUGUUCUUCCCAUCGCUGGGUGGGUGGUUAGCCAAAAACCUAUGGUUUUUGCCUUAACCACGGCCUAGCCAACCGAUGCAAAAACCGACCGAAAAAUCCAAAGUUCUCCAAAAUAAAAACCAAGUGUUUAAAACACUUAUUUGAUGUAUUUGGCUAAGAAAUAAA